AUGGCAGAGGGAACCCGGCACGUAUUGGAGUGUGAGCCGUCAGCCAAGAAGCGGAAGCUCGUCAGCGUACUAGAUAUGCAACGCUCCGGGGCAUCAACAAGAUCACCUAGUGUUGUGCCUAUUCCGGUGAAUUUGGCAGAAACUUUCAAGGACGCAGUUAUCGACUGGGUCAUUGAAGACUCUAUUCCUUUCCACAUGAUCGAGGGCCCUGCCUUCCGCCAUAUGCUUGCCCUGGUUUCGCCCGGAUUAACAGAAACCCUGUUGCCGAAGUCAGCCAACACGAUCAAGGCCUGGGUAGAGGAAAGAUUCGCUGGCCAGGCGGAUCAAAUUCGUGAAAGAAUAACGGCAAAUUACUGGACCUUCCCGUCGUUGCAAAACCCUGACCCGUCAAAAAGAGUCCCUGUUGCCGAUGUGUUGAGCCCCGAAGACUGGCAUAUUUUGAAGGAAGUCAAAGCCCAGUUGGAACCCUUCGAAGUCAUCACUAAGCGCUUCGAAUAUAGGAAGCCACUCUUCUGUGAGAGCUUUCUAAUCGACGGGUUGCCUAUGCACCGGCUCGCCCGGGUCCUGCCUCGGCACAGGGAGAAAUCGUCGUUGCAGAGCCGCCCGCAACACCAAGACGAACGCAACGAGCGAACCGGCCGACUGCCCGCCUACGGGAUCACGAAGCCAGUCUUCCUCGCCGAUCCAGGGCCGGCUCAAUGA